GCUCUUCAACAUUUUGGGGCAGUUUCGCCCAACAGGCGAAAGGUUGCACUUGCAAGUUGCGGAGGCAGACAUCAGGGGGACUUUCUCAAAACUAUUUACGAAAUCAGGAUACGGAUCAGAAAGGCCUCUUAGAAUGGACAUUACAUCUCAUAUGCUGAGUCUGGCGUGGAAAUUCCCACGAGCGGCGGGCUAUGUGAUCCAGGCACACCGAAAGUGUAGUGCGUGGGUUGCUUCAUUGUCGCCAGAUGUGCGAAAAAGGAUUCGGGGCGUUUUGCGAGGUGUUGGAGGGGCCGCUGUGUCAGUUUCACGAUUUACAGAGAACGUCUACAUACAUGUUAUAUCGUAUCCGAACACUCCGCCAACAAAGUGGUCCCAGCCCUCACGUUUCAUACUAGUCCCGCUUGCGCACCUCAUUUUGUUUUUUCAACCAGUGGUGGCGGACUGGGAAGGAGAUAUAAAAGAUGGAAAGGUUUUGUUUGUUGCGAACAAGAGUGUUUGGGGACUGGAAAUGCCUGCUAUGCAUUCCGUCAUUUAUUUGAAGACGGGAAAGUUGGUGAGGUUUCAGAUUGACCCACUGCACUUCAAAUUGCCACUAUGGAAACAUGUCCUCGAAUAUUUUGGAGCAGUGCCGUUUUCACCUUCCAUAUAUCCCGAGCUGAUGGGAGCUGGGUAUACGAUGGUGUGGUUUCCGUCCUCGGAGAUAAGUGACUCGGGGACCGAAGGUGACAUUGCCCAUAUGUAUCCCAUCGACACCGGCGACGGGUCGGCGGUGGCACCUGGUGCUGAAUUUGCAGUUUGGGCACUUGAUAGUGGUUACGCUAUCGUUCCCGUUGCAAAUAUAGGCAUGUCCGACAUGUUACCCGUCCGAUUCCAUGUCUCCCUUGAACCGAUAUACACCGCCUCCAAUGUUGUCUCUCGCAUCCUCCCUUCCUCUCUCUCAAGCCUUCUACCACAUUCAUCACCUCACAAGAAACCAACGCUCCCCAUCGUCCUCCCCCGCUCAUAUGAACGCCAAUAUAUGCGUUUUGCAUCACCAGCGCGCACCGAUGGCCCAUUCCGGAAGCUGCUGGAAAGCGAGUAUGAAGUGACACAAAGUCCUCGCGUUCGAAGGACGGGUCGUCCGAGCAUCAGUGUCAGUACACCGCGCUUGGCUACGACACUAUCCACGCGCACGCUAUACGCGAUCGAUACCAACCUGCUGUAUCUCCGAGAACUACGUGAUGCGGAUCCACGACGCCAUGUCCUUGCGCCGGUGUGGAAUGUUGGACGAAGGUUAGGGCAAUGUGUUUUAGGAAUGGAGAAGAAAAUGAAAGGUAGUGAAAAAUUGGUAAGAAGACAUAGCGCCAAGGCGUUGCGGGCUAUGGCUGGGUGGGUGGAUAUUGAGGACGAGGGAGCAAACCCGGAAAAGAUGAGUGAAAACGUGGACGAAUUGAAAUCGGAAACUCUGGAUCGCCGCCGGUCCACGCCAGAGCGACCAAGAUCGGGUGUGGAAUCGUUGGUAGAGAGUGGAUUUGUUGAUUUCAUGGAGCCAUCUCCCGUGUGGUGAUGGAUUGAACAUGUCGGUUGAUCGAGUUUGAUGUAUAACUUUUUUUUUUUUUCCUGAUACCAUUAAUGUAAUAUAGUAAUGCUGAUUCCGCAAUGGGAAAAACUAUGCCACUCUCCAACGUCCA